AACGGUGAUAGUUGUAAUUCUAAAAGAUUUCACUUGGAGGAACAGUUGAAAUCGGAUUGCAGCAUCCAUAUCACUUGUCCCCCAAAACACCUGGAAUUGGCAUUUACUAGUUUAGGAUUCAUAGGCAAGAAAUUGCAGUCUGUCGGCGUCUUGGAUAGAAUAAGUAGUUUGCCCGAUCAUAUUCUUUGUCGUAUUUUGUCGCUCCUUCCUAUUAAAGAUGUAGUCCGGACCUCAAAAAUUUCACUCAGGUGGAGGUAUCUCUAUGCUUUCUCAGUGUCUAUCAUUGAUUUUAAUGAUUGUUUACCACAUAUCUCACUACCUAGUGAAAAUGAUAUCAUUGAUUUUAAUGAUUGUUUACCACAGUUCCCGGUACCUAGUGAAAAUGAUAACAACUUUCUGGAUUUUGUUGAUAGAUUCUUUUCUGUCAACAAGCAUUUAAGUUUAGAAUGUUUUAGGGUGAAUGACUAUUGGGUGACGAUGGAUGACAUUCAACCGUAUGAGGGUUUUUUACACCUUAAUGGUUGGAUAUGCUCUGCACUGUGGUGUGGUGUUAAGGAAAUUGAUAUUAGAUUUAUAUAUGAAGAUGUUUCCACUUUAUCAACUCUUCUGUUUAGUUGCCAAUCACUGGUGACAUCGAAAUUGAAUAUCAGAGUCAGAGGUAAUAUGAAGGUUCCAUCUAACACUUGUUUGCCAAAUCUGAAGACUCUACAUUUUUCAUUCUCCAAGUUUCAAGAUGGUUAUCCAGUUAUUAGGUUAAUUUCCAAUUGCCAUGUCCUAGAAAAUUUGGAAUUUAUUUAUUGCGAGUUUUGUAACAUAAGAGAGCUUAAUAUCCAUAACCUUUCCCUUAAGAGGUUGGUUUUAGAUUUCGGUGACUUGUAUAUUCAGUCUCACAGAGGUUUCAACUUCAUCGAGAUCGAUACCCCAAAUCUUGUUUAUUUCAAAUAUGUUGAUGCAAUGGUUGAAGGCUAUACGUUAAGUGACAUGAAAUCUCUAGAAAGAGCUGAUAUUGAUAUCACUCUAUUAGCUAGUGUGGAUUAUGAACGUGCAACAUAUCUUCUCAAGAGAAUUUGCAAUGUACAGUCUAUUUAG